AGAUCCCAAACCCCCGAAAUCAAAACGAUGUCACCUAGCAAAGCCACCAACGCACUCUGCGAACGCUCACCAAACACCUCCUCGCCAUCACCAACCAAAUCGCAGUCUCCCGAGAAAGCAAUUAAAACUCAAAGCGGCGUCAACAUGAAUGAGAAGCCAAUCCCGCGAUUCGACCUGAACACAAACACCACCAUCGGCCGUGACACCCGGGCAACAACCACAUACAUCAGCCCCAGUGAUGCCAUCCGGAGCCCGACCACGAAGAAACUAAGUGAGAUAAAGGGGAAGAGAUUCCAAAACGCAAAACCACAGAAUCUCUUCGCCAAGACGCUGGCGAUGCAAGGUCUCAAGAAGGCGCAGGUGCAGGAG